AUGGAAUUUCGACCCGAAGAAUUCGCUGGUAAAAGCGUCAAGCUCUCAUCGCCAGUCGGUCAAGGGCACCUGGAAAUAUGGUGGCCCCUGUCCAAGGACAAAGAGAUCCUAGGAGCUCGUGUCAAAGAGCUCGAAGAAACCAUCGAGAUCGUUUUAAAUGAACUGCCAGAUUACAGGACAUCCUUGUUGCUGACGAAGCUGCAGGAGUUUCGAGCGUACAGAACGUUCGAAUCGGCGCUGACUCUCGUGAGAAUGUUCAAUAAGAAUAUCACCACACACGUCAAACUCAAUCGAGGCACACAACAGUUCCACGCACUAUUGAAAAGACCUAUCAAAACACAAGCGCUCGACCACGUCCUCAAACAAGUUUAUCGCGCUUCCGUUACCGACCCUACUCAACUGAACAAGUAUCAGUCCUUUACCUCUGAAACUUAUGGCGAAACCAACUUUGCCCAAAUGGACAAAAUCAUCCAAACAAUCAAAUGGUCAGAAGACGACGUCUUCGUGGAUCUUGGUAGUGGAAUUGGCUCGCUCGUCAUGCAGGUUUCCGCGAUGACACCUGUGGCUAAAUCAGUGGGCAUCGAGAUCCAGCCUACUCCCUGCCAGUACGCCAAGAACAUGGACAUCAACUUCAAGAAAAUCAUGAAGUGGUACGGCUACGAACACAGAAACUACGAUCUCUUCAACGGCGACUUCAUCAAAAACGAGUACGUCAACACAAGGACGGAGAAACAAAGCAGCUUCAACUGGAAAGAAGAGGCCACUGUGAUUUUUGUAAACAAUUACGCGUUUUCGGAGGAUUUGAACUUGAAGCUCCGUCGGAUCUUUGGAGACAUGAAUAUCGGUACCCAGAUUAUCUCGACGAAAGCAUUCUGCCCCGUUGAUUUCAAAAUCAAUGAUCGCAAUGCAGGGAAUGAUAUUGGCUGCUUCAUGCGAGUUCAUGAAAUGGACUCCAUUGCCGAUGGCUUCUCGUGGACGAACAACGUCGUUCAAGUUUAUAAGCACGUGAUCGAUCACUCUGCGCUCGCAGAUUACUACGCCUCGAAGACGAAAAAAGCGCAAGGAUCCACGAAUUCUGCCUCUAGCUCCACAAAAGACCGCUCGAGCUCAAGUUCUCCGAUUGAUUUCGAAGAAGCUGCAAAAGAACAAGUCAAGACGGAGAAGACAGACAAAUCCCAAAAGAGAAGCCUCAAACAGAGACCAAUGAAGAAACAAAUCAAAACCACAGAGAAAAUGGAAAUGCAGCGGUCCAGAGAAAACUCACCAGCUGCCAAACGAGGGCCCAAAACAGGCUCCAAGAGAGGAAGAAGUAGCAUUAACUUCGACUCUGCAUCGCGAGAAGCUCUGGAAAUUUUUAACACCGCGCAGGUCAAGAGCUAUUCGAAGAAAACGACGAAGAGGACCGACAAGUAUCUGACUUUAGUGGAGAAAGAGCGAAUGUCCAAAGAUCGCGCCUGCAUCAAAGAAUUUCGCCAUUUCGAUGAGACAAAGUCCGUCUUACUGCAAAACUUCUUCAAAAAGAAGUUUGAUGAUACUAUCAACGCCUUUUCUAACAUUCCUCAGCAACUGUUGGAUCGAAUUGCGCUGAACGAAAAGAAUAGGAUAAAUGCGAUCAGGAGCAUGCUGAAGGAAGCCAGAUCAGACAGGGAUCGAAUCUCGAACAAGUAUGAAACGAAUUGUGAACAGCACAUCCGCGAAGUCAAGGACCGCAAGCGCGAGCGGGCCAGCAAGAUCGAAGCCAAGGUCGCCCAAGUGAACAAGGGCAAUCUCGAGCUGCUGUCGGAAAUCAAGGCCAACCGCUCUGUUAUCCACGCCAUGAAUGACAAUCAACGCGUUCAGAAUAAUGUUCUACCCUCGCCUCAGCAAAUCGCUGCCCGUCCGCCAGUUAAUAGUAAUGCUGCCACGCCAGUUGCUUAUGAAACGAUUAUCGGAAAUGGUGCCCCGAAGGGCGUUCAGCCUCGGCCUUCGAUAAUAAUGAAACCGUAUCAAAACCAGAUUAGGGAAAUGGAGCCAUACCCUACCGCUGUAUCCCAACCGCAACGUGCCAAGCCGAACCCAUCACCUCACUCAGUGCCCCUAUCACCCCAUUCAACUAAAUCCUCGCCUUCUUCCGACAUGAACCAGUCGCGAAUCAACGGCCACCACAUUCAGGCCCAAGGUCAUCCAAGAGACUCCGUCGGUCCCCCACCCGAAGCUAUCAGCUCUGUAGCGUCGCACUAUCCGAUCCACCUUCAGCCUAAUCAGCCCGCUUCGCUUCCGCCUCCACAGCAAACACAGUUACUUCCCAACGGUCAAACCGGCUCGCCGCCUAAGAACGCAAGCAAAAGGAGACGCAGUUCAGACAUCGACAGGCCUAAAGUCGUCAUAACGCCUACUUCGCACAUGUCUACCUCCCCACAAGCAAAACAAAUUCUCCACCAGAUUCCUCCUUACGCUACCGGGGCCCAAGUUUUACUACCAGGUGCAUUCCCACAUUUGAAUGGACUUACCCGUGGGCCUCGCGAUCCAUCUUCUCACGACCCGAAGAUCUAUGGCGGUCUAGGUGGAAUAAUCCCAAGCUCAGUGCCUCCAACGUCUGAGCAACAAAACUCGGCAGCAAUGAGACAUCGUAAUAAACCAAUCAAAGUAGUAUCGCGCUCUACUCUCUCAGGCUUACAAGUAGCGCUUUCGCUGGGGAUGGCCAUUCCAGCUGGGCAUUAUCCCGCUUCAAUGAUUGGGCUGCUCUCUCAAUAUCCAGGCCUCAAUCUUCAGCACUUCGGUUUUCCGUACGGCCCUCGUCCAGGGAUGCAGCGUGGAUCAGCUUCAGCCAGUGCCACUGCUCAUCAGGGAGUGAUCCAACAAUCCCCACCUAUCCAAAACGCGAGCUCGAAGAAGGCCACUCCUCACAAAUAG